AUGAGUGAGCGGGCCAGAUGUGUCCGGUUUGGCAUCAUCCCCAGCAGCAGCUGCUUGUGCAGACCCAGUCGGACUCCAAGAGCUUCUCUGAUAACCGCGGGGCGAAUCCAGCUUUUAUUUUACAAAGCUUCAGCUGGAGCACCUGGAGGCAUCCGGGAACCCCAGUUUCUUGCGAAAGGGCCCCUUUUUCCAAAGAGUCUGAGUGCUCCAGAGAAAUGGCAGGAAGUGGGGCUUUUUCUCCUAGUGUCCAGCUGUCUGGUGCUUUCUGUUUUCUCCACCAUCCCAGACCAUCAAACAUUUGCCAACGAGGCGCUCUUCAUCCUGGAGUUUGUGAUGAUCGUGGUUUUUGGGCUGGAGUACUUUGUGAGGAUCUGGGCAGCUGGAUGCUGCUGUCGGUACAGAGGAUGGCAGGGUCGGCUACGGUUCGCCAGGAAGCCCUUCUGCGUCAUAGAUUUCAUUGUCUUUGUGGCGUCGCUGGCAGUGAUAGCAGCGGGCACACAGGGAAACAUCUUCGCCACGUCUGCUCUGCGCAGCAUGCGUUUUCUGCAGAUCUUGCGCAUGGUGCGCAUGGACCGCCGGGGAGGAACCUGGAAGCUUCUGGGCUCUGUGGUGUACGCUCACAGCAAGGAGCUGAUCACAGCCUGGUACAUCGGCUUCCUGGUACUGAUCUUUGCCUCAUUCUUGGUCUAUUUAGCUGAGAAGGAAGAUAACCCAGAGUUUUCCACUUAUGCUGACUCCCUCUGGUGGGGAACAAUCACCCUCACUACAAUCGGCUACGGUGACAAGACGCCACACACCUGGCAAGGUCGGCUUUUAGCGGCUUGUUUUGCCCUGCUGGGGGUGUCCUUCUUUGCCCUGCCGGCUGGCAUCCUGGGUUCAGGUUUUGCUCUGAAAGUGCAGGAGCAGCACCGGCAGAAACACUUUGAGAAGAGGAGGACUCCCGCUGCCAACCUCAUACAGGCUGCAUGGCGUCUCUACUCUACAGAUGCUCAGCACUCAUAUCUCACAGCCACCUGGUAUUUCUAUGACAGUAUGUUGCCGUCUUUAAGAGAACUGACAUUACUGUUCAGUCACCUCCAACGGCAGCGUAGCACCAAGAAGGUUCUUCCCAACUCCUACCAAACCCUGCUGUCGGGGCUCCGGCCGUAUAGCUCCCCCUACCUGUCUGGGGACAGUGGGAAGAUGGGCUUCCGUGACCGCAUUAGGAUGAACAAUUCACGGUCCUCUCAGGCUAUCCGGAGCAAGGCUUCUCCUUUACCUCCAGGUAAUGUUCAGCAUUCCCCCAGCACGGAGAAUGUUCCUGAAGCCACCAGCCCUGGCAAGGUCCAGAAGAGUUGGAGCUUCAAUGAUCGGACUCGAUUCCGUACCUCUCUUCGCCUAAAACCACGCCCCGCUGCAGAUGUGGAGGGAGUGGGAGAGGAGCACACAGAGGACAAAUCUUACUGUGAUUUCGCCAUGGAGGAAGUGAUACCAGCAGUAAAGACCCUAAUUCGUGCUGUUAGGAUUUUUAAAUUCCUGGUGGCCAAGAGGAAGUUUAAAGAAACCCUGCGGCCAUAUGAUGUGAAAGAUGUGAUUGAGCAAUAUUCAGCUGGACACCUCGAUAUGCUGGGCAGAAUCAAAAGCCUGCAGACAAGGGUGGAUCAGAUCAUAGGCCGAGGUACCAUUCCAUCAGAUAAAAAAAUGAGGUCUGAAAAGGGGGAGAAAACUCCUCCUGAACUGGAACAGAUGGACGAAUUAAGCAUGAUGGGACGUGUGGUGAAAGUAGAGAAGCAAGUGCAGUCCAUCGAAAACAAGCUGGACCUGAUCCUAAACUUCUACUCCCAGUGCCUGAAAAAGGGCUCGUCCCACUUCACCCUGUCGUCCCUGCUGGAACCCGACUUGACCUCUGACUACCACAGUCCCACCGAUCAACGCGACCUGUUCCCCUCCGCAAACACCCUUAAUAUCUCCCACUCAGACAGUGGGAACAUGGAAUGACCCCAGAGACACACUGCAGCAGUCCCGCUCUGACUGUUGCAUCAGGGCAACAACUAAACAACUGCUGUAUCCUUGCAUGAGUUCAUCCUAUGCACACUGGAUGGUGGCUUCUGGCCAACCUUUCUAGACUUUGCCUUGCAGACUAUGCCCUGAUUUUUAGCAAUGUCCAGUUUUUAUUUGUACCAGUUCUUUUUCCUUUAUUUCAGCUGAUUCAGGAAAGUUUUAGAGAAAUAUUCUUACGUGGAUGAAGAUGUUAUUGAGGUUUUGUUGAACAUUUGGACUUCUUCCAGUAGAUGGCAGAGUUUUAUCUGAAGUGGUCUUUAACCAUCACUUUUUAUCAGUCUUCCAAAACAAAUGGGGAUGAAUCUCUGACUGCUACAAAACAUUUCAUUGAUGGCAUUUCUUUCUGGAAGUCUCUGUGCCAAUAUCGUUUCUUGGUUUUGUUGAGUUUUUGAUAACCAAUAGGCCUGCAGAACAAUUCUAUUUUUCUCUCUGUCUUUUUUUCUAAGAAAUCAGGGCAUUUUGAACUGAGUUUGAAUUUCGGACUCUCCUUUGCCUUGGCCUUACACUUUGGCCUGAUGCAAUAGACUCCUUGUGCCACUAGAAGUCGCUGAGCUUCGAAUGAAUGUACUGCAUCCAGUACUUUUCCUUUAUUUAUCACUAACAUGUCCUUUGAGAAAACGGCAUCACCGAUGCAGCAUGAUUGACUGACGGACAGUAUUUCCACCAAAGCAUCAUCUCCUGUCAUUAUGUUCUUGCAUGGUUCCUCUCGCCACACCAGGAAGAAAGGAACUUCAAAAUGUGAGACCCUCAUGUUUCCUUCUCACAUCCCUUUGGCUUAUUGGGUCCCUCUCUUCUGCGAUAGCACCCUGCCACUGCAUCAUCUCUCAGAAGCCCACCGUGCAAAAAAAACACUUAAUAAAAUCAAAUAAAUAAAUAAAAAUAUUCUUUGAUGAAAUAGCCAGCAUUAAAGUGCAUGUGUAUAGUUCGAAGAGUUCAGGCAAGUUUGUUUUAAUUUAGUGGGGUUAGUUAUAGAGGCUAUUCAUAUGCUCUUCUCUCUGAUCCUCAGCCUCUUUGCCUUGCAGCCCAUCUCUUCAUUCAGCAUGUGUAACUGCAAACGAACUAGAGGAUCAAAAGUAGUCUUUAUCUUCUCCCCAAAUGAGACUCCCAAUUAGUUGAGAUCUAAAGGCAUAUUUCACAAAAAAAAAAUGGUCAUGUAUAUCCUUCCAAACCUGUAUAAUGGACAUUUUUCACAUUUCUACACUGUUAAAGAAAUCAGUAAAAAUAUGGCACUAUGUACUGUAUUAAUACUGUACUAUACUAUACAGUAUUAGGAUUUUUUUAUUUUAUACAGGUGUUUUACCCGUAGUUUGAAUUUUGCACUACAUUGCAUUGUGUUUUAGAGUUAGUGGAAAUGUUUGGAAAAUUACUGGACAAUUACCAAAAAAAUGUUCCUUUUUCUUUUUUCUUUUUUGUAGAGUCUAGGGUUCUCCAAAAGCAGAAGUCUUCAUAGUUGUAGAAGCUUCUUUUUAAUGGUGAAUUGAAACAACAUUAACAAAUAUACAAAUAUAAUUUUUGCAUUCACAUUUCCCUAAUAGCAAUCUUUCCAAACCAAAUAAUAAUAAUUAAGGGAUUAUGUUGAUUGAUUAGCUGCAGUCUGUUUUCUUCUUUCAGACGUUAGAUCCAAACGUUUCGUGGCUCUUCCAAGCUUCAUAAUGGCAGUGAAUGGUGGUCGAGAUUUUGAACGCCAAAAAAGUGCAUCCAUCCAUCAUAAAAAUUGUUCCAUAGAUCUCUGGGAGGUUAAAAAAACACAAAGGAGAAUGCAAAACAAAACGGCCUCAAAUUCUAAGUACAAAACAAAGAUUUCUAGAAAAAUUAUGAUUUUGUUAUAAGCCAAAAGAAGCAUGGUUUUCCUUUUGUGUAAAAAAAACUUCUCAUAUUCUGACUGGAGCUUACACUAUACCUAUAUUGUCCACAGGAACACCACUCUUUCAUGAACACACAGAAGAUGCUACAAAUUAUUGCCAUUAGAAAGCUUGGAAGAGCCGGGACAUUUUAAUAUAAUUCUGAUUAAAUGUAAUAUAAUAAUGUUUGUCUUAAAGAAGAGAGUCAACACCUACAAUGGCUUGAGGGUGAGUAAAUCAAAGGGUAAUUUUCAUUUUUGGGUGAGCUCUCUCUUUAAAUUUAAAACAGUUGAAAAUGAGACUGUGAGGACCAGACUUGCAGUUUUCACAAUGGUCCCAGAUCAUGUCAUUUUCACAACUUUCAAAACUGUUUUGUGGUGUUUCCUCUUUUAAAGGUUUGUUUUUUUUUUCCAGAAAGAUGUUUCAUCAACUGAACAAUCAGUAUAUUGUUAAACAACAGUACGAUCCAUUGAAUGAACACACUGUAUUUCCAUCCCUCAAGACUCGUUUUCAUUCCUGUCAAAAUGAAAUACAGUGCUACUCUGGCUAAGAACUAUUAAAGCCAUACACAUCUGAAACAGCA